AUGACACUUGAUGACACAAAUGAAGAUUGAACACGUCAAAUUGGUUUUUUUACCAGCGAAUGAUACGAAACUAUGUUUUGAAAAUGAAUUUGUUGAUACUGUUGCAAUUUUGGAGUGUUUAAGACAUUUUUUGGAUUUCAUAUGUGUAAAUUUUAAUGUGUGGAUGCUAUAAAAAUACACGAAAAUGAAGGCAAUACUUGCAACUGUAAUUAGUCUUGCACUCACAACUGUCGUUAUUGGCAAUGCUUAUUACCAGAAGAAACAAUUUUAUCCUUCAAUAGUAUACUUAACAAAUUCGAAUCCUAGCAUGGCUGUAAUGUACUUGCAAGCUUUUAUUUUAGUUUUAUUGGUAGGUAAACUAUUGAGAAAGGUAUUCUUUGGUCAACUACGUCCAGCAGAAUUUGAGCAUUUAAUAGAAAGAUCUUGGUAUGCAAUCACAGAGACUUGCCUGGCAUUUACAGUGUUCAGAGAUGAUUUCAAUCCAAAAUUCAUAGCCUUGUUUACAUUGUUACUGUUCUUGAAGGCAUUCCAUUGGCUUGCAGAAGACAGGGUUGACUAUAUGGAGCGGAGUCCAGUAAUUGGGUGGUUAUUUCAUGUCAGGAUUCUCAGCUUGCUGAUGCUGUUGGCACAUGCUGAUUUCUACUUCAUCCACCAUGCAUACCAUUUCACAGCAUCCAAAGGGCCAUCUGUACAACUAGUAUUUGGCUUUGAAUAUAGCAUUCUUAUUAUUAUGAUUGUGAAUAUAUUGAUAAAGUAUGUUCUACAUGCUAUUGACUCAAGAUGGGAGGCACCAUGGGAGAGCAAGGCAGCGGUUCUUCUUUAUACAGAAUUAGCUAUUAAUUUCCUGAAAGUGCUUCUGUACAUUGGAUUCGUUGCUGUUAUGGUUCGAAUUUACACCUUGCCAUUGUUUGCCUUCCGACCUAUGUAUGAGACAAUGAGGAGUUUUAAAAAAGCAUACAAUGACGUGGUCUUGUCUCGGCGCGCUAUACGUAACAUGAACACGUUGUACCCGGACGCAACGGCUGCAGAACUUGCAGCCGCCGACAACGAGUGUAUUAUAUGUCGCGAGGAAAUGCAUAGUGCAGGUGCAAAGAAGCUCCCGUGCAACCAUAUAUUCCACGCGGCGUGCCUCCGGCUGUGGUUCCAACGGCAGCAGACGUGUCCCACGUGCCGCCUCAACGUGUUGCGAGCGCCCGCGCCCGCGGCCGCAGCCGGCGCCGGCGCCGCGCCGCCCGCCGCCGGCCCCGCGCGCCCGCCCCACGCGCCUACACCCGCGCCCCAUCAACCGCCCUCGCAACCCGCCCCUGGAACAGCUGUACCUCCACCGUUCCCCAAUAUGCCGCCACCACCUAUGAUGGCGUGGGGCAUGCCGCCACCGCCACCGCCGCGACCCGCUUCUCUUGCUAACCUCACCACCGGCGAGUUGCAGCGCAUGGAGGGGAAUGAACGUAGAAACAUCGAGGCCCGGCUACAGUUGCUCCGAGAGAUUCAAGCUAUGUUGGACGCGUCCGUACUUCUAAUGCAGCAGUACUCGGCGGUCGUGGCGAAUCUACCACAGAAUAGCGUUACUAUUGGCACUCAAACAGAAACACCUAAAUCAGAAGCUACGCCAGAACCAUCUACAUCGAAUGUGAGGGUUGAACCAGAUGUAGUGACGACCACGUCGGAUCAUAAGCACGGGCCACCCUCGCCAGAGACAACCCUACAGCAAGACGAACAAACACCUAACGACGCAUCACCUGAUAGUUCUAGUAGAGACAAGACUGAUGCCGACGCCGAAGAACUGAGAAGACGUCGACUACAGAAAUUUAAUAUCGAUAAUUGAGCUUGUUGAUAAUGGAUAAAUUUUCGUUCCUUUCCUGACUUACCAUUAUUUAAUGUACAAAGUGUUUCGGUAUUGUAAGCAUUGUGUAUUCUAAUCAAAUAAAUGUAUUUAUGUUCUUGUAAAUAUAAUGGGAUAUACACAUAAAUACAUAACACGAUACUUUAUUUUU